AAUUAGUAGAGGUUUCAGAUUCUUCCGGUAACUGUAAAGUGUAGACUAUAAAGUUUCUUGAGUGAAUCAUUGACUUCCUGUGUCAUUAAAACCAUUCAACCUGAUUGUUGUUACUUUUGGAAGAGUAUGUAAAUUGAGCUUUGAAACUUGGACUAAUCUGAUGCUACUGCAAAGUUCUGAGCAUUGUUACAUAGUAGCAUAAUCACUUCUCUGCUCAAUAAAGGAUACUACUCUUAUGUAAUUUUUAAUAAGUGGAUAUUAUAUAUUUCCUCCCUCAUCCAUAUAAGCAAAUGUAAUUUAUCAAAGAAAAGAAAAUCAAAUUUUCAACUCAUAAAAGAGAAAAUAAAAUUAUAAUGAACCUCAAUUAUUGCCUUAGUUGCACAGUGCAUCGUGUUAAUAACUACUCACACUGCUUUCAAUUAAUCUAAUGCUGAUUGCUUCUAACCUUCACUAAACAGUUUUGAAAAUUGCUGUAGUUUAGCCUGCGACGCUUGUGAUUAGAGUCAACAAUUUGAAAUGGCCAGCUCACCUGAUGCAGUCAUCUCUUCUCCACCAGCUCUCUUAAGGUCUGGCUCAGUUUAUGAACCUCUUAAAAGCAUUAAUCUUCCGAGACCUGAUAAUGAAACUCUGUGGGAUAAACUGGAUCAUUAUUACAGAAUUGUCAAGUCAACUUUGCUGCUGUAUCAAAGUCCAACCACGGGUCUCUUUCCCACUAAAACAUGCGGUGAUGAUCGGAAGGCCAAGAUCCAGGACAGUCUGUACUGUGCUGCUGGGGCUUGGGCUUUGGCUCUUGCCUACAGGCGCAUUGAUGAUGACAAGGGAAGGACCCAUGAGCUGGAGCACUCGGCUAUAAAAUGUAUGCGAGGAAUUCUCUACUGCUAUAUGCGUCAGGCCGAUAAGGUUCAGCAGUUUAAGCAGGAUCCACGCCCAACAACAUGUCUUCACUCUGUUUUCAAUGUGCAUACAGGAGAUGAGAUCCUCUCCUAUGGGGAAUAUGGCCAUCUUCAGAUAAACGCAGUGUCGCUCUAUCUCCUUUACCUUGUGGAAAUGAUUUCCUCAGGGCUGCAGAUUAUCUAUAACACCGAUGAGGUAUGAUUUCCUCGAAGU